GAGCCGUGUGGUGUUGUAUUCGGUGUUCAUCAUUCAUCAUCAGUUGCAUAAAUAAAAGCUAAAGGGCAGUUAAAGUAAUUGUGACACAAAUAAAUUCGAUAACUAUAGAUAGAUAAUAAAGUAAAAAAAAGAAAAUCAGAAAUAAAAAAAAUUCCUCUUUUUGAUUUUGUUUUCCACUUCCUGUGUCUCAAAAGCAGGGUUUGGGUUUUCAGUUAAAUCUCUUUCUCUCUUCUUUCUCACUUAAACAACACACAGGACUGGAGAGAAAGAGAAACAGAGUCUUAUUUCUUUUGGGCCGGAUUUGAUACUUUUUUUUUGGGGUUAGAUUUCUCUCCAUUUCUUCUUCCAUCAUCAUCAUCAUCAUCAUCCCGUUCCGUCUCUAUCUAUUUUUAGGCGUUUCUUUCUUUCUUUCUUCUGUAACCCCUUUUUCGAAACCUGGCGCUAUAUCUCAGAAGUCGGUUCAACAAACUCUACAAUCUUUCUGAUCUAUACUCAGUUUCACCCAUCACAUUUGUCAUUUCAACUUUGAUUUUCUCGACAAAUCUCUCUAUUCAAACAAUGCAAGAACCCAAGACUAAAUCAUCGAAAAAUAAAUCCCUAGUAUUCUUGAUUUAAUGGAUUCUUCAACUACACCUGAUACUGCUAAACCCUCAGAAUCAUCAUCAUCUCGUCAACCUUUGGUUUUUGAAAUCGAUCUUAAUGAGAUCCCUUAUUCCUCAUCAUCAAGACAGGAAGACCCUUCCGUCUUCAGUGCUACGCCGCCUCUACUGGAUGCAAAUGAAGUCGUAAGAAGUGUACAUGGUAAUCCUAGGUUACCAUUUAGAGCGCCUACUGAUUUACCAGCUGAUGUACGUGGUGUACCAUGUGUUUGUGGCCGAGCUGAAGCUAGAGGUGGUGUCCUAGUUUGUGAUGGUUGUGAUAGAUGGUUUCAUUUGAGCUGUUGUUCAAUGCGUUCUCGUCAAGCUAUUGUUUUAGAAGAUUGGAUUUGUUCUUCUUGUUUAGGGAAUGGUGUUGGUGCUAAGAGAUGGAACUUGGGUUGUGUUUCAAAUACCGUUACUGUCGCCAUUCCUCCUCCUCCUCCUCCGACGACUAAACGUACUGCUGUUAGGCCGCUUUUGGAUAUCAAUUCUUCUCCACCUAGAGAUGAAGAUGUUGAAGAGUUUGAACAACAUUCUAGGAUGCGUACUCUGGGUGAUACCCAUAUUAGUGGUUUUCCGUACGGUACUCCUGUGAAAUAUCCGAUCUUGUGGCAUCCAAGUGCUGCUGUACAAAGAGAAUCUGGCAUAAAUUCACACCCCAUCAAAUUAGCUUCAGAAAGGUUCUUAAACCGGGAACUGACUAUGAGUAAGAGUUGGGAGGAGGCAGAUUUGAACCCCACUCCUAUGAGAAGAUUUAGGAGUACUAAUUCCUUUAAUUCACCUAGGAGAAAGGAGCUUGCUAGACAUUCAAGAACUAAUAGUUCUGCAGAUAAUCGAGAAGCUCUGAGAAAUAGUCGAAGUGGGGAUUUUUCCUCUGAUGUUGAGAUUGUGGAACCUCAUGCCAGCAAUCUUGGGAGAAGCGCAAGAAUUAGGGAAGCCGGACAGGGGGAAAAUGGUGGCUCUGAGUCCGAUCGACCUAAUAAUGGACUUCCCGUUCAGUUUGAAGAUCUCUUCCUUACCUGUUUGGGGAAGGUUGAUUCUCGACCAUCAUAUCAUGACAGGAGUCAUAUCUGGCCUGUUGGUUACAGAUCUAGUUGGCACGAUAAGGUAACCGGUUCUCUUUUUGUGUGUGACGUACUGGAUGGUGGAAGCUCUGGACCAAUCUUCAAGGUCAGACGAUGUCCUUGCUCUGCAUCAGUUAUACCUGAUGCAUCAAUAGUCCUACUGAGACAGAUUCUUGGUCAGUCCGAAGCUGAAAGCAAAAUAGAAAGCGAAAUAGUCAUUUUGUCAGACUUGAGCGAUACCGAGGACACCGACAUUCAGGUGCUUCUUUCCGAUCCUUGUCCACCGGAGCAAGAUCUUUUAUCAUGUUUUGCAGUCAGUACCCUUAGUGAAUCUUACCGUGUUACGAAGGAUAUUUUCACCCCACAAACCAAGUGCUUAGUCCAAAAAUCCGGUGGACUCUUCUCUAGUAAGUUGGGGUUGCAGGAUGAAGUUGGUGAGUUUUUUGCUGAAGGAAGGUCAUCAUCUUCAGUGUGGGGUAAGGUCUCCGAGAUGUUUGUUGAGGCCUGCCGUGAAGCCUUUAAGAAGACUUGCAGUGUUCAGUUCUAUUGCACCCAUGAGUCAGAUGGUACGAAUUCUUGGUCAGUUAUAAAUUCCAAGGACAGAAAUGGUGUUGGUUCCCCGUCCAAAUUCUGUGACAUGUCUGGUCCCAGGCACAUACCCCGUGUAAUUCAAAGUUUAGAUGAGCUUGAGAUGAUGUGCCAGGAAGUGGAGAAAUGGUUGAACCAGGACAGGUUUGGACUCGAUAUGGAAUUUGUGCAGGAAAUGAUUGAACAACUUCCUGGGUCCGAUGCAUGUUCAGAAUAUGAGUUCCUGACUAGACGAAGUGAGUACUCCAAUUUUGAAGUUGUUGGAAAUGGGCUACUUCAUGCUAAAAGAAAGGGUCUGUUUCAAGGUAUGGAAUAUGGAGAAGCUGCAGAUGGUUUAUUUGGGAAAAGUAAAAGCCUGAAGCAGAAUAUGGUUCAAGACCUUGGUAUCAGAAGACAUUUUCCUCAUGGCAAGCCGUUGAGCUCAAAGCUAUCAACAGAGCUGGUUGGUGAUGUUCUACAGGUGUAUGAGCUACUUUGGCGUUUCAAUGAUGUCUUGGCUUUGAGGGAAACCUUAUCUUUUGAGGAGCUUGAAGGGGAGCUUAUAAAUCCCUGGUUUCAUGAUUUAUCUUUUAUGCAGAAACUUGAGAAGGGAAAUCAAGAAAAUACAGACCUCGUGUUGCAUAGUAGUCACGGUAUGGUUGGCCAUAAUGUAACCCCAAGUGGUGAACCAAAUUCUAUAGUUUUAGGGGAUCUUUCACCAAAGUUCAUCAAAGUGGACACAGCAUCUGAAAAAGAAGCUGCACAAGCUAAACUAGCUUCUCAUACUUACUAUAGGUGCACAGGGGUGGCUUUGACUAAGGUGCAUAGAUCUUUGCUGAAUUUACUGGUAGGUGAGCUCCAGGCGAAAGUUGCUGUCCUUGUAGAUCCCAAUUUUGAUGCUGGAGAGUCAAAAUCGAGGCGAGGGAGAAGGAAAGACGCAGACAAAUUGUCAAGUUUAAGAAAAUUGAAGAUUGAUAUGCUCCCAGUGAAUGAGUUAACUUGGCCUGAAUUAGCCCGUAGAUUCAUUCUAGCUUACUUAUGUAUGGAAGGCAACCUGGAUUCUUCAGAAGUUUCAUCUCGUGAGGAUAUAAAGGUGUUCCGUUGCCUACAAGGUGAUGGUGGGAUGGUUUGCGGCUCAUUAGCUGGAGUGGGUGGAAUUGAAGCAGAUGCCCUGCUACUUGCAGAGGCUACAAAGCAUAUUUUUGGUUCCCUGAAGAGAGAAAAUGAUAUUUGGUCAAUGGAGUAUAUUGAUGAAGUUGAUGCCCCUGAAACCAUCGUUACUGAAACCAGCAACGAGAUUCCAGAGUGGGCAAAAGUCUUGGAACCUGCAAGAAAGCUACCCACAAAUGUUGGAACCAGGAUUAGGAAAUGUGUCUACGAGGCGUUGGAUAGAGGUCCGCCAGAGUGGGCGAAGAAGAUACUGCGACAUUCUAUUAGUAAGGAAGUAUACAAGGGCAACGCAUCAGGGCCUACAAAGAAAGCUGUUGUUUCGGUGCUGACACGUGUGGCUGACGAAGUUUCACAGAGGAAACCUGUGGUAGUAAAAAAGGAAAGACGUGUCAAAACAAUGUCUGAUAUUGUCAUGAAACAAUGUCGUUAUGUAUUGCGCCGUACUGUUCUUGAAGAUGAGGCAAAAAUGUUCUGCAAUUUGCUUGGAACAACCUCACUAAACCCUAAUGCUAAUGAGGAUGAUGGCAUUCUUGGAUAUCCUACAAUGGUAUCUCGUGCAUUGGAUUUUAGAACCAUUGACUUGAGGUUAGCAGUAGGCACUUAUGGUGGAUCUUACGAAGCUUUUCUGGAGGAUGUACGUGAGGUUUGGCACAACAUACGCACUGCUUAUGGAGACCGUCCGGAUUUGAUGCUUUUAGCUGAACAAUUAUCUGGAAAUUUUGAAUUGCUGUAUGCAAAAGAGGUUCUUGAUCUUGUACAGAAAAUUAAGGAGCAUGCUGAUCCCCAAUGCUUAAGCCCCGCAUUAAAGAAGGAAAUAGAUGAGUUUCUGUGUGGCAAGGAGAUCCCUAAAGCUCCUUGGGACGAUGGUGUCUGCAGACUCUGUGGCAUUGACAAAAGUGAUGAAACUGUGUUACUGUGUGAUCAUUGCGAUUCUGAGUAUCAUACUUACUGCUUGAUACCUCCUCUCCUUAAGAUUCCCAUUGGAAACUGGUAUUGUCCCACAUGUAUUGAAAGUGGUGAAGUAAAGGCACCACCCGAUACUCACGUCAUUCAUCAGCGUAGACAGAAGAGAUAUCAAGGUGAAGGAACUCGUAUUUUCUCAGAGACACUGAACAAGUUAGCUGCUGUUAUGGAAGAAAAAGAGUAUUGGGAUUGUAGCCUGGAGGAGAGGGUCUUCUUGCUGAAGUUUUUGAGCGACGAGGCGUUGAGCUCAUCUGUUGUUCGUGAACACCUUGAUCAAUGUGCCGAAAUGUCGGCUGAUGUGCAGCAGAAACUGCGUUCUUUUUCUACAGAAUUAAGAAACCUAAAGUAUAAAGAAGAAGUCCUCACAAAAGAAAGCAAAGUCACGCUUAAUGGAGUUGGUGAAGCUGGAAAAGAAGGAGUAGCCAGUAUGCUGUUGAACCUUAGCAGGGGUAGCGGUCAACACCAAACUUCUAAUAAUAGUUACAACUUCUGCUCACCCUUCCCUGGUAUGAUUCAGCUUGAUGAUGUUGCCGGGGAAAAUGAUUCUAACAAUGUGAACAGUAAUUCUAAUUGGUCACUCGGGAAGAGCAAUUCUGGGGAUCAUUGUAAUGGAAGUAGAAACUUAAGUGUGUUGGCUGCAGAUAGUGAUGGUCAAAAGCCAGAUGGUCUUUCAGUUCUGGAUGACAAUCUCGCACUUGAAAGUCUUUCCCCAGUUAAGGCUUCUAAGAGUAGUGAAUCAAACAAACACAGCGAGGUACAGCUACCAGCUCUCCAGCAAAAACAAGUAGGUGACUUGAGAAAGGAACUUCCAACAGAAAGUACCAUGAGUGAGAAACAUGAAGUUGGUACGGAAACCACUGAUUGUGUGCAGCCCAUGUUUGAAGUUCUAAACGAACCACGAGCCUACAACCUUGAGGUGGACUCACUCAAGAAUGAGAUUUCACGUAUGGAAAACUCAAUUGGAGGCUUAGAAUCGCAGCUUCUUCAGCUAUCUAUGCGUAGGGAAUUUUUAGGUAGGGACAAUGCUGGUAGACUUUACUGGGCUCUGAAUAUGCCAGGAAAAUGUCCGUGGUUGGUUGUUGAUGGUAGUACACCAGUCAAUAGUACUCCAGAUGAUGCAAAGAGCAGCAAUUCAAAAGAGCAGGUUCUGCCCGGUAUGGAGGGUUCAACUUCGGCUUGCGGCUAUGAAUCUCAUGAUGGAGUUCUUGGGUUUUCAUCAUGGGUUUCCUAUGAUUCUGAUGUAGAAAUCCAAGAACUUCUUGGAUGGUUGAAUAGUAGUGAUCCAAGGGAGAGAGAGUUGAAGGAAUCGAUUCUGCAGAUGCACAGAUUGAAGUCUCAGUCCUCUCAACAAGCUGGAAAUCCUAUUCUUAGUGACUUCCAAGUCACUGGGUUGAGGUCUUUUGAUGGUGGAAAAGAUGGAACUUCUCUUGCAACAAAAGCUUCAACAAUAUUGGAGACGAUGUAUGGUCCGUGCAUGGACCCAGAAACCUCUGAUGCCAUCCCAAAGAGGCGGGGUAGGAAGUUGAAAGCAACUUCUGAUGAUAAAAUAUAUAGGUGUGAAUGCCUAGAACUAGUCUGGCCUUCCAGACCCCAUUGUCUUACUUGCCAUCAGACCUUCUCCACCAACUUGGAACUUGAAGGGCAUAAUGAUGGGAGGUGCAACUCAUUGUCACCAGCCAAUGAUGAACGCAAGGAGACUGAUGAUCACACAAAAGGGAAAGGGAAAGUAAGCAGCAAUCGUGAGGAGCAUGCAAGUGAAACAAGCAGAAUUGAGGCAUCGAAGAGUGGAAAAUUGGACACUAGUUCUAGAGUGAUAAAGUUUCAAAAGAAGGAAAUGGUUUGUCCAUAUAACCUGGAGGAAAUAAAAAAAAAGUUCAUCACCAAUGAUUCCAACAAGGAAUUAGUGAAAGGAAUAGGACUCAUUGGUUCAGACGGGAUUCCAUCCCUUGUCCCAUCCACUUCUCUGUAUCUCCAUGAUCCAACACUAAUUUUAAACAUUGCCCAACAGAAAGAAGCUGAAAAUGGUACUAGGUGUAAUGCUCUGGAGGUGGUAUCUCAACAGAAAAACAAGACUGUAUCAGCUGAUAAAAAUCCCACGGAUUCUGCAAAAAGAAGUGCUAAGAACAGUCUGAAGGAGGAACAGCCAAAAGGCAAGUCAUUGGUUUCAGAAAGUUCAAACAAGAAAGACCCAGAAUCUUCAAAGAAGAACACUCCAGCACCUAAGGCUCCCUGCUGUGUAGUGCCUGAACGUUCAUUGAGACCUGUGGUGGGAAAGGUUACUCCAAUUUUAAGGCGGCUCAAAAGUAACUUACUCGACAUGGAUGCUGCUCUUCCUGAAGAAGCACCGAGGCCACUAAAGUCUGACCCAUUGAAAAGAUCUGCUUGGCGUGCAUUUGUUAAAUCUGCAGAGUCUAUAUUUGAGAUGAUUCAAGCAAUAAUUGUAUUCGAGGACAUGAUCAAGACGGAGUACUUGAAGAAUAGUUGGUACUACUGGUCAUCUCUUUCAGCUGCUGCAAAAACCUCCACAAUUUCAUCUUUAGCCCUUCGCAUAUACACACUUGACGCUAACAUCAUUUACCAGAAGAGUCCUCCGCCAGAUUCAGAUGCGAGUCCUCCUACUACAGAUACCAAUCCAAGGCUGAGCAAGAAAAGAAAGGAUACAGAGGGUAGAUCUUAGACACAUAGAAACCAGAAUCAAAUCUAAUCUUGGUUGGUGGUAAUGUGGUACAGCAGUAUUGCCAACUCUGUAAAUUUGUUCAAUCACCCUGGCCUCUUGGGCAAGCACAUCAAAAGGUGUACCCUUUCAAGGCCGUGGGCAGUUUCCACUGCUGUUGUCUGCUUGUGUGUAUAUAAAGAAGGCAAGUUUGACCCGCUAAUACAGAAGGCCGGAUUAUAAGGCAGGCAUGAAGUAGUUAGUUUUACAUGGGAGAGUAGGUGUUGCAUUGACAAAACAGAGGUGAAGGAGGGUGCAGUUUUGAACUUAGUCGACAAAGGUGGUGCUUUAAGAGAUUACACGGUCAUAUUGGGGGGAUAUAUAGAGAGAAACAGAAGGAGAUAGAGAAAGAGAGAGUGGAUGAAGCAGGGAUAAUUAUUGUCUUCUCAUUUCAGAUGAUCCGUAUACCCAUACAACAAAAGAAUCAAUGUAAAAAAAGGAAGGAUGAAACUGAGCAGGUGUAAUCAGAACAUGUUUAAUUUUGUUAUACAUGUUUCGCUUGCUCUCGUUAUCUCAUUGACUUUUUUUGUGCUCCAUAUGCUUUUUAUGUUUACUCCGUUCUCUCUGAAUCCAAGUGCCUACUGCUGUUAUCAGAAAA